CGAGAGGAUUACUGUACUGUGGUGCGUGCGGAGUUUUGUGGAGUCUCGGGUUUUGGGGGAUUCGGGAAUUCGGGAUUUUGGCGACUGACUGACUGGGGAUUUUGGGGUUCGGUGAUUGAGGGAAGGGGAAUGGCAAUGGGUGAGGUGAGGGAAGAGGUGAGGAUGGGGAGAGAGAGUUGCUAGAUAUGUGGUGGCUUGAAGGAUCGUGGCGCCAACUGUGGUGUACGCACGCCACAAUGUGGCUGGUGCACUCACCUCAUCAUCCAUCCUUCUCAAAUUGGACACAAGACCUCAAAGAAACGCAGGAAGGAAGGAGCAGUGAGCAAGAGCGCCACUCGCUCCUUCCAUAUCACCCUGUGGCGUCCAGACCCCUCCCGCCUGCCACAUGCUCCUCCCUUUCCCCAAACGCCGAAUCCAGAACAGGGAAUUCACACGAUUACUUAUCUCACCCCCUCCCUGUCUGCCAACUUAACCUGUGCCCCCGCCGCCGCCGUUGCUGCUGCUACUACCCUACUGCUGCUCUUUGCUCCGCCUUUCUGCAUGGGUCCUGCGCUUACCGCUUACCAUAUCCCCAUCCCUUCCCAUGGCUAAGAGGGCUGAUUUUAGGUUGUUUCAACAUCCCGGGCCACAGUGUGGCUCCGCUCUCUCUCUCACUUAGCCCUGGGAAAGGGGGAUAGAAGUAGGAAGGAGGUAGAUGUGGCUCACCACCCCACCAAUCCCCGAGUCCUAGUCACCUCAGGCCACGCCGAAAUCUCCUCGGCUUCGAGAGCUUCCGCCUCAGCCUCACCAUUCUCACCUCAUCUGCCCCUCCCCUAUCCCUCCCCCCGCGCUUGCUGUGUCCAACCACCCCCCUAGUCGUCGUCUGUCCGAGUGCAACUAUGGCAGUUUGUGGAACUGCUGCCUCCCCCGUCUCUUGGCCUAAUGAUGAACCGCACACGCCCGUGCCGCCGCGCCGUUCGCUCCAGGCCUCGGGGACCAACGUCACGACGUCUAGCGCUCACGCCAUGGGGUGGGCUGAGGCACCCGUCAUUAACAUGCCAUGCCUGUCAUCGGUUGUGAUUGGGUUUUCGGUGGCAGCUUGAGGGCAGGGCUAGGGUGCAUGAACCUUAAAUGGUGGGAAGGGCGCACACGGAUGGUCUGAGGAUUUCGUCUGUGCCUCCUUAGAGCUGUUGUGUGGAAGGAGCGAGGCAGGUGGUUGAUAUAUUACUGCUCGUGUCUUCCUUCCUUUCGUUCUUUUACCAGUUUUACUGGAUAUGACACACGGCUACUUGACACGGCUACUUGGUUACUUGAUUAACAUUGAUACGCACCUGCCUCCGAUCGAACGACUUUCGUAGAUCUGGGAAGGUGCGAAGGUGAAGAGGCACACUUCGGUGCGCCAGUAUGAGUGCUUCCUCCAGCGGCUUGACGUUACGUCCAGGCAAUAACGUCCGGGUCAAGUCGGAGUCUGACAUUGAUCCGGAGGCUUACUUUGAUCCGGAGACGAACGUGGAUGGAUUCAUGGAGGACACUCCGGAGGCCAGCGUGGGGGAGGAUACGAGGUCGGACGUCGAAGAGACCGAAGAGGAGAAGAAGCUACGCAAGAAGAGAGAGUAUAACCGCGUCGCCCAGCGAGAAUUCCGCCGACGCCGCAAAGAUAGAAUGACCAAGCUUGAGCAAACCCAGAGCGUCACGGUUACUGAGCAGAACAAUGAAAUCUUUCAUCUUCGCAGGCAGAACCAAGAUCUGCGGGCACAGAACGAGAUGCUCAGGGCACAGGUCUUCGCCUCCGGCUCCGGCUGGCACCCCAACGAAGGCAUGGCCGGUCCACCUACCGUUCCGUCGUCGUUGUCGUCGUCGCGCCGCCACAAGGCGUCCAUUGACUCCUCUGCCUCGAGUAUCUUGGAGUCAAUGACCUCCGAUGGCUCAAUGAUGGAGGUGCUUGGGACGCCUAACAUUCUGCCUGCGAACCAGCUCGCCAUGACCUCGUCGAUGCUGCCAAGCGCCAUGAAUGCAUUUGCUGGCACCAUGCCGUCGUCGGGCAACAUGCAAGGCAUGCAGUACCCCACUGGGUAUCCGGCCGGUUCGAGAGCUGGCCCUCAGGACAACUCGGGCGCCUACGACUUUAGCUCGGUAGCAGCGGGGACAUCGACAUUCCAGACCAUGGGCAGCAUGCCCUAUACUAUCUCGUCUCAAUCUCAAGUUAGAACGCAGCUAUCUCAUCCGAACCAGCAACCGUCCUCGAGCCGAUCUAUGGCCGAUCAGUCAAACCCCAUCGCCAUGAUGGCCGCCAACCGCAUCAAGAUCAGCGCUGCGAUCAACAACCUCUUCUCGCUACUUAUCCAAGAGGCCCCAUCCUUUCCCCCUCCCGCCUCCAACCAGCCCUGCCCGCGCCACCUCCAAAUCCUCUCCGCCAUCAGCGCCUCCCUCCCCGCCCCCUUCCGCCCAACCCCCACGCAGCUCACAACCGCGCACUACUACGGCGUGGACAUGAUCCCCUCGCCCACGCUGCGCGACCGCCUCUGCCGCGUCGGUCCCGACGUCUCCGCCGCCUUCCUGCACGACUUCGACUUCCUCGUCCUGGUGCCCAACGCGGACAUCCAGCACCGUCUGAUCAUCUGGGGCGAGGAGCCGUUCAACGAGUUCAGCUGGGAGUUCUCGCGCGAGAUAAUCGCGCGCUGGGGGUGGCUCGUCGGGCAGCCGUGGGCCGAGCGCGCGAACUUCUGGCGCACGCAGCGGGGGCUGGCGCCGCUGCCGAUGCCGGUUGAGGCGCCUGAGGGCAAUCUGUGGGGGAUGUCGCAGCAGUUGCGCCUUGGGGCGCUUGGUGGGGAGUCGAUGGUUGGGAGUGCGGUUGUUGGGAUGGCGGGGUUGGGAUUGCAUCCUCAUAACCAACACCAUAUGCAGUAGGCGUUGCAGCUUGCGCAUCUGUCCUUCCCAUUAUUGGUAGAGUGGACGAUGAGUUUGUUUGCGAGAUGUGCACUUUUUUGAGUUUUGGUGGCCUAUGGCGUAAUGGAUGGUGGAAUGGAGUAAUGGUUGGUGGGGAUACAAAAGGUGUUUAAUGGGGGAGGCGGUGUUUUUGGGGUGUUUUAAUGGGGGCGUUUCGGGGGCUUGCUGAAUCUUUAUGAUGAUGAGGCAUGAAACGAAACGACAUUUUGGGGAUAUGGAUAAUGAGGCGGGCACUCUCGGUUGGCGUUAUUAUAUCACCACUCAUUGGGAUGGAGUUUGGAAGGGAAGGAGCCUGGCUGGAUCUGAGGCUGGGGUAUAUAUUUCAUUCUUUUUGGCUGACUGAGUUGGUGGUUGGAGGACAAAGGUUUGAUCAUCUUGAGCUGUGCUCGAUUAGAGAUGUUUGGAUUUUCUUUCUGUGCUAUUCUGUACUUUUAUGGCAUGGUGUAGUAUGGGAAGAGGAUUUUAGGUAGUUUUUAGAUUCCCUCCAUACGGUAGACGUUUCUCGGUGGAGGGGGGAAGGGGAUAAUAUAUAUCAUUCACUGAC